GCAUCGGUCGGUGACUGCGGUGACUGGGUCCUCUCGAUUCGCCCGGUCUCUCUCUCUUGUCAGUCUUCGUCGCCUAGGCUACACGCCUUUCGGUUUCACUUUGCCUCUGGCCCUGUGUGAGUGAGUGAGUGGACGGUGCUGCUCGCAGGAUAGAAGGAAGGAACAACGCCCGUGCGUUAAUGCCUUCACGAGAGAGGAAGCAGUUUGACGACCUGUAAACCAAGCAAGUGAGUGGCUGAAAUAUCAAGAUGAGCUGGUACGAUACCUUACGCUAUCACGUAGGACCACCAUUGCUCAUGGUAACAACAACAAUCGGCGUACAGUUCUUAGCUCUGGUUGGGGGCGAUGGAACUAAGUCCUGGAGCCUCUUGGGCGACGCCCAUUCUUGGACUAUCGUAGGCCUAAUGCUAGCGUGGGCCUUAUUCUCACUUUGGGUGCCAGGGAAGGAGUUUUUAGGCCCAACCACUUCGUACGGAUACAUUCCCAAAUAUAAGGCGAACGGCUUUCAGUUUUUCACCGUGAGUCUCGUCGCUUUCCUUUUGCUUCUGUACGUCAGACCAGAGACUGCCUUGGAACUUGUUGAUCAUUUUCCUCAGUUCUUGGCAUCGUGCAACGUAGUUGCAUUUAUCCUUUGCAUUUACCUGCUCAUCCAAGGAAAGGUUGCCCCUCAGACCAAGGAGGUGAUCGAACCGAAGCCCCUUAUGUACGAGUUCUACCGCGGUAUGGAAGUUCACCCUCGCAUCCUUGGAGUUGAUGUCAAGCAACUCACCAACUGCAGAUUCGGUCUGAUGGUCUGGGAGUGGCUGGUGGUGGGCUUUUUCGUAGCCGGCUGGAUCAAGAACGGCUUUAGUAUGGCUCAUUUCGUCUGCGCCGCCCUUCAGACGAUUUACCUGGGUAAGUUCUACUGGUGGGAGACGGGUUACUUCAAUACGCUGGACAUCACCCUUGAUCGUGCGGGAUACUACAUCUGUUGGGGAUGUCUCGUGUUUGUUCCUGCCUUUUACACGUUCUCCUCGUACUACAUAGUGGCUCAUCCACCUGUGAUCUCCACCGCUGGUUCGCUGGCUGUAUUCGCACUUGGGGUGGCGUCCAUAUUCCUCAAUUAUCGCGUGGACUGGGAGAAAGAGUACUUCAGAGCUCACAACGGCAAGUGCGACCUCUGGGGGAAGCCGGCCACGUACAUCGAAGUGACCUACGAAAGUGUGACCGGAAUCAAGCACUCCAAACUGUCGACUUCAGGGUUCUGGGGCAUUGCCAGGCACCUGAACUAUGUCUUUGAAAUACUGUCAGCGGUGGCAUGGUGCCUUCCGGGAUUGGGAUACGGGGUGUGGCCCUUCUUGUACGCCAUUUUCUUGACGGUGCUCCUCGUCCACAGGGUAUUCAGGGACGAAGAAAAAUGCCGUGCUAAAUAUGGCGUCAUGUGGGAGAAAUACUGCAAUGCUGUUCCCUACAGAAUGAUACCGGGUGUAUUUUAAUCCACCCUUUGAAACUGCUUGACAAAAUAGAGAGUAUUUUCCUACUCUCGUCCUUUGUCAACAGUUUCUUAAAGAGCCUGAUGUUUAUUUUCCUAAUAUUCAAGUAAAAAUUGUAGAUAUAAGCUGUGUUUUAAACAGAACAGGUAAUAUGUUUGGUACAAAAAUAAUUCUUCUGGAGUGGUCAUGCAUUACAUUAUUAUUAUUCCUAUAUUUUAUCGUGAUAGACCUUGUUAUUUUGAUAACAGUCGUAGCGACGACGCAACAUAUGUGUAGUAUCUUGUCUUAUCUUCAGUUAAGUAGUUGUUACUGUAGUUGUUAAGUGUGAUCAAACACGUUCUCAGGAUUUUAAUGUGGUUUUCGUUUUUAAGUUUUGAUUUAAGUAUGAAAAGAUUGUCAAGUUUUCAACAAUUAUAAAGUGUAAUUAAAGGAUUAAGCUAGU